AUUUACUAAAUCAGAAAAUGAUGUUAUUUUAUAUAGAUCACGAUGUUGCAUCAUCUCUCUCUCUCUCUCUAUGUAUAAAUAUUUUGUUGAGUUCCCCCACUAUUUAUAUUUAUGCAGCCCCCUCUCCCUCCCCGUUCUCCACCCCCUCGUAAAAUGGACGGAAAACGGACCCCCAUUUUUCUCUUCCUCUUCCUUUCUCUCUCCUUCUCUCUCUCCUCCGCCAUUGCUCAACCCUACCAAACCUUCGCGCUCACCUCCCUCCCCCAACCGGAGACACAAGCUCUCUACCAAUCCGACCAACUCCAGACCCUACCAGUUUACCAAUCCGGUUUCGCACUCGAUCUACACCAUGUUGACAAUCUCUCCCCCGCGCAGGACUCGACGGCGGAAUCUCUCUUCAAACUACGCCUCCGCCGCGACGCGGUUAGGGCGAAAUCGCUCUCUGAACUGGCAUCGUCGGCCGCACAGACUAACAUCUCCGCUAGGAAUAGAGGCGCGCACGGCUUCAGCAGCUCGGUAAUCUCCGGACUCGCGCAGGGGAGCGGCGAGUACUUCACGCGCAUCGGCGUCGGAACGCCGGCAAGAUACGUGUACAUGGUGCUCGACACCGGCAGCGACGUCGUCUGGAUCCAGUGCUCUCCCUGCCGGAAAUGCUACCGGCAAUCGGAUCCGGUCUUCGAUCCGACGAAAUCGACGUCCUUCUCCGGAGUUUCCUGCGCCUCGCCGCUCUGCCGCCGCCUCGAUUCCCCCGGCUGCAGCAACCGGAAUAAGAAAUGCCUCUACCAGGUAUCGUACGGGGACGGCUCGUUCACAGUCGGCGACUUCUCGGUUGAAACGCUGACGUUUCGCAAGGCGAGAGUGAAGAACAUUGCGCUAGGCUGCGGCCACGACAACGAGGGGCUCUUCGUCGGCGCCGCGGGUUUGCUAGGUCUCGGCCGCGGGAAAUUGUCGUUUCCUACUCAAGCCGGCCGUCGCUUCGGUAAAAAAUUCUCCUACUGCUUGGUCGACAGAACGGCGUCGUCCAAGCCGUCUUCCAUGCUCUUCGGUGAGGCGGCGGUGCCGCGAACCGCCGUCUUCACUCCGCUAGUAACAAAUCCGAAGCUCGACACCUUCUACUAUGUUAAUUUGAACGGCAUCUCCGUCGGCGGCACGCGUGUCCCUGGCAUUACGGCGAAGCUCUUCAAAAUCGACGCCAGCGGCAACGGUGGCGUGAUUGUCGAUUCGGGGACGUCGGUGACCCGUCUAACCCGACCCGCUUAUGUUGCCCUAAGGAACGCGUUCCGGACCGGGGCUUCGAAUUUGAAGCGGGCGCCGGAUUUCUCUCUCUUCGAUACGUGCUUCGAUCUGUCCGGGAAGACUGAGGUGAAAGUGCCGACAGUCGUGCUGCAUUUCACCGGAGCGGACGUGUCAUUGCCGGCGGCGAACUACUUGAUUCCGGUGGACAGCGACGGAACUUUCUGCUUUGCGUUUGCGGGUACAACGAGCGGGUUAUCCAUAAUUGGCAACAUCCAGCAGCAGGGUUUCCGGGUCGUGUUCGAUUUGGCGGCUAAUCGGGUCGGGUUCGCCCCUACGGGUUGUAGCUAGGCAGUGUAGUGGAGUGGGGGUUUUAUAAUUUCGCUUUUAUUUAUAUUCAAAGAAGGGUAGUAUUUGCCUACUAAUUUCUAAAUUUAAUUUUGUUUCAGAAAUUUUUAUGAUGAAAUUGGAAAAGGGAACAACGGCACAUGUUGUCUUUUGAA